AUGAUGGCAGUGGGAGGCAUGAUGGCAGUGGGAGGCAUGGUGGCAGUGGGAGGCAUGAUGGCAGUGGGAUUCAUGAUGGCAGAGGGAGGCAUGAUGGCAGAGGGAGGCAUGAUGGUAGUGGGAGGCAUGAUGGCAGUGGGAGGCAUGAUGGCAGAGGGAGGCAUGAUGGCAGAGGGAGGCAUGAUGGCAGUGGGAGGCAUGAUGGCAGAGGGAGGCAUGAUGGCAGUGGGAGGCAUGAUGGCAGUGGGAGGCAUGAUGGCAGUGGGAGGCAUGAUGGCAGUGGGAGGCAUGAUGGCAGUGGGAGGCAUGAUGGCAGAGGGAGGCAUGAUGGUAGUGGGAGGCAUGAUGGCAGUGGGAGGCAUGAUGGCAGUGGGAGGCAUGAUGGCAGUGGGAGGCAUGAUGGCAGUGGGAGGCAUGAUGGCAGUGGGAGGCAUGAUGGCAGUGGGAGGCAUGAUGGCAGAGGGAGGCAUGAUGGUAGUGGGAGGCAUGAUGGCAGUGGGAGGCAUGAUGGCAGUGGGAGGCAUGAUGGCAGUGGGAGGCAUGAUGGCAGUGGGAGGCAUGAUGGCAGUGGGAGGCAUGAUGGCAGAGGGAGGCAUGAUGGUAGUGAGAGGCAUGAUGGCAGUUGGAGGCAUGAUGGCCGUGGGAGGCAUGAUGGCAUGGGUGGGAGGCAUGGUGGCAGUGGGAGGCAUGAUGGCAGUGGGAUUCAUGAUGGCAGAGGGAGGCAUGAUGGCAGAGGGAGGCAUGAUGGUAGUGGGAGGCAUGAUGGCAGUGGGAGGCAUGAUGGCAGAGGGAGGCAUGAUGGCAGAGGGAGGCAUGAUGGCAGUGGGAGGCAUGAUGGCUGUGGGAGGCAUGACGGCAGAGGGAGGCAUGAUGGCAGUGGGAGGCAUGAUGGCAGUGGGAGGCAUGAUGGCAGUGGGAGGCAUCAUGGCAGUGGGAGGCAUGAUGGCAGUGGGAGGCAUGAUGGCAGUGGGAGGCAUGAUGGCAGAGGGAGGCAUGAUGGUAGUGGGAGGCAUGAUGGCAGUGGGAGGCAUGAUGGCAGUGGGAGGCAUGAUGGCAGAAGGAGGCAUGAUGGUAGUGGGAGGCAUGAUGGCAGUGGGAGGCAUGAUGGCAGUGGGAGGCAUGAUGGCAGUGGGAGGCAUGAUGGCAGAGGGAGGCAUGAUGGUAGUGGGAGGCAUGAUGGCAGUGGGAGGCAUGAUGGCAGUGGGAGGCAUGAUGGCAGUGGGAGGCAUGAUGGCAGAAGGAGGCAUGAUGGUAGUGGGAGGCAUGAUGGCAGUGGGAGGCAUGAUGGCAGAGGGAGGCAUGAUGGCAGAGGGAGGCAUGAUGGCAGUGGGAGGCAUGAUGGCAGAGGGAGGCGACGCUCCUUACGACGCCGCUGGGUGUAACCCUCAUUAUCUGCUUGCUUUCCUUGAGCACACUCUCUACGUCUCUGCCGUUUAUAGCCACUACCAGCCUUACCACCGGUUGCAUGACCACACUUUCCGCUAUACUGGUGGUUGCACGCUCCUCGUGCCCUCCCCCCUCUCCUACCGUUCUCAUUACUCCCGGACCCACGCCACGGCUCUCCCUCCCACCCUCCUCUUGCCCUCGAACAAUGUGUGCAUCGGCCGCACGAACACCAGCUGGAGUAGAGGGAAAAGAUGCAUCAUGCUUCAUAUCACACUCUCCCUCACGCUUCACCCCACGCUCCCCCACACGCUUCACAACACGCUCUCCCUCACGCUUCACAUCACGCUUCACAUCACGCUCUCCCUCUCGCUCUCCCUCACGCUCUCCCUCACGCUCCCCCUCACGCUCUCCCUCACGCUCUCCUUCAUGCUCAGCCUCACACUCUCCCUCCCGCCUGCCCUCACGCCUGCCUUCACGCCUGCCCUCAAGCCCUCCCUCACGCCUGCCCUCACGCUCUCCCUCACGCUCUCCCUCAUGCUCAGCCUCACGCUCUCCCUCCCGCCUGCCCUCACGCCUACCUUCACGCCUGCCCUCAAGCCCUCCCGAACGCCUGCCCUCACGCUCUCCAUCACGCUCAUCCCCACGCUCAUGCCCUUUCUCUGGCAGUUGCUCCUUGUCAUCUACAUCUUCUACAACACGCACCUCUCCCUUCCCCUACUCAUCAUCCCAUGCCUGUCCAUGCGCAGCACGCACCUCUCCCUUCCCCUACUCAUCAUCUCAUGCCUGUCCAUGCGCAGCACGCACCUCUCCCUUCCCCUACUCAUCAUCCCAUGCCUGUCCAUGCGCAGCAUGCACCUCCCUCUUCCCCUACUCAUCAUCCCAUGCCUGUCGAUGCGCAGCACGCAACUCCCCCUUCCCCUAUUCAUCAUCCCAUGCCUGUCCAUGCGCAGCACGCAACUCCCCCUUCCCCUAUUCAUCAUCCCAUGCCUGUCCAUGCGCAGAAUGCAACUCCCCCUUGCCCUACUCAUCAUCCCAUGCCUGUCCAUGCGCAGCACGCACCUCCCUCUUCCCCUACUCAUCAUCCCAUGCCUGUCCAUGCGCAGCAUGCAACUCCCCCUUCCCCUACUCAUCAUCCCAUGCCUGUCCAUGCGCAGCAUGCAACUCCCCCUUGCGCUACUCAUCAUCCCAUGCCUGUCCAUGCGCAGCACGCACCUCCCUCUUCCCCUAUUCAUCAUCCCAUGCCUGUCCAUGCGCAGCACGCACCUCUCCCUUCCCCUACUCAUCAUCCCAUGCCUGUCCAUGCGCAGCACGCAACCCCCCCUUCCCCUACUCAUCAUCCCAUGCCUGUCCAUGCGCAGCACGCAACCCCCCCUUCCCCUACUCAUCAUCCCAUGCCUGUCCAUGCACCGCACGCAACUCCCCCUUCCCCUACUCAUCAUUCCAUGCCUGUCCAUGCGCAGCACGCAACUCCCCCUUCCCCUACUCAUCAUCCCAUGCCUGUCCAUGCGCAGCAUGCACCUCCCUCUUCCCCUACUCAUCAUCCCAUGCCUGUCGAUGCGCAGCACGCAACUCCCCCUUCCCCUAUUCAUCAUCCCAUGCCUGUCCAUGCGCAGCACGCACCUCCCCCUUCCCCUACUCAUCAUCCCAUGCCUGUCCAUGCGCAGCAUGCACCUCUCCCUUCCCCUACUCAUCGUCUCAUGCCUGUCCAUGCGCCGCACGCAACUCCCCCUUCCCCUACUCAUCAUCCCAUGCCUGUCCAUGCGCAGCACGCACCUCCCCCUUCCCCUACUCAUCAUCCCAUGCCUGUCCAUGCGCAGCAUGCAACUCCCCCUUCCCCUACUCAUCAUCCCAUGCCUGUCCAUGCGCAGCAUGCAACUCCCCCUUGCGCUACUCAUCAUCCCAUGCCUGUCCAUGCGCAGCACGCACCUCCCUCUUCCCCUAUUCAUCAUCCCAUGCCUGUCCAUGCGCAGCACGCACCUCUCCCUUCCCCUACUCAUCAUCCCAUGCCUGUCCAUGCGCAGCACGCAACCCCCCCUUCCCCUACUCAUCAUCCCAUGCCUGUCCAUGCGCAGCACGCAACCCCCCCUUCCCCUACUUAUCAUCCCAUGCCUGUCCAUGCACCGCACGCAACCCCCCCUUCCCCUACUCAUCAUCCGAUGCCUGCCCAUGCGCAGCACGGACCUCCCCCUUCCCCUACUCAUCCGCGCAUCCCAUGCCUGUCCAUGA